AUAUAGUCAUUUCCUCUUACGUCAUUGACAGCGAUCGAUAGAAUCGAUAGAAUCCAAAUCUCCUGAAAAUGGUGGUGUCACUGAAUAAUAUUCGUCUUUAUCUUUCCCAGGGGACUUAUGUCAAACACCAGCAGGCUUCGAAACAUUUCAAGCGGAGUGUUAGGGCCGCUGCUGGGAACUUCUGUCUUCGUGAAGAGGUCCUGUACCAUGGGAACAGAAGGGUCAUUUUGACAGAGGAGGAGAAAGUGGCUGUGUUAAUCGAAGCCCAUGCAGGCCAUUUUGGACCACGGAGGAUGCAAGCGAAGAUUGCUCCCCGGUUUUAUUGGCGGUCCAUCACACAGGACACAUUGGAUUGGGUGCGCACAUGUCCUGACUGCCAGCGCUUUGAAAAGUUAAAGACCGAGGCGCCUGAGCUGAAGCCCGUCAAGGUCGUAUCACCUUGGUACAUGGUUGGUGUGGACCUCUUUGGACCUGUGAAAAAGUCGUCUAAGGGGAACAGAUAUUGUCUCACUUUGACCGAUUAUUUCACCAAGUGGGUUGAAGGAAGAACAUUCCCAAAAAAGACAGCAGCCAAUGUAAAGGAGGCCUUGAGGGACAUUUUCUUUACUCAUGGUUUGCCUGAAGUUAUCCUCACUGACCAGGGCACUGAAUUCAAGAAAGAGAGUUAUGGAGGUUCUUCCAAACAAUAUGGUUAGGCUGGAGACCCUGGAUGGAAAGCCCAAGCAUAUGAUGACCACGUAUGCAUCACUGAAACCUCUGCGCCCGAGGACUCACCCUGGCUGGCCAAAGGAUUCCCCUUCAGCCCCUGUGCUUCCAGGAGAUGCUGAAAUGCUGACUUCAUCAUCGGAGGAGGAAACUGAGUGUCAUUGUUUCAUGGACCAUACAUAUGCUGGCCCCACAUCACCCUGGAAAAAGGAGCUGCACCCCGACCAGAAACAACUGCUCGAGUAUGUUUUGGCCUGCGAUCGUCCAGCUACGGAGCUGAUCGUUAAAGAGGGAGGGGUGUGUUUAACCCAAGAAGAGUUUUGGUCUCUCGGGUUGUCCAGAGACAUGGACUCCACGAUUGGAGAUGCUUGCCUCCAGCUGGUUCAGGAAGCUGCUCAGAGACAUGGCAAAGAUGUCUUCAUUGCCAACAUGUAUAUUGUGCCAACGUGGAAGCACAAAGACGUCGAUCCAAUGUCAAGCCUUCCAAGGGAUGCACAUCUAAAGGAUGCACUCCUCUUCCCAGCGUUGAGCAAGCACAACGGUCCAGAGCAUUACCUUCUCUGUGUGUUGAGGCCGGCAAAGAGAGAAAUUCUCUUGCUGGACUCUCAGUUUGCCCUUUGGCCAUCUAGUUUUGGUGAUGAGGUGUACAGAGCCAUCUCUAGGUCCCUUUAUAAUAAUCCUGGCCACAGUUCCAUUUUGGCCACUUUUUGUUCCAGCCAUGUUCUGGUUUUGGCUAUGGUUCUGUUCUAGUCAUCUUUCCCUUCCCCGCUAUGCUCAUGUUUUAGACAUGUUCUUCUUUCGGCUAUGUUCCCAUUCUAGCCAUGUUCCAGUGGUGUGCAACAGGGGUCCCCAACCACAGAGUCAUGGACCAGUACUGGUGAAACGUGAUUUUGUUCAUGCUUUGGCAGUGUUCUAAUAGAAUUUUCACUUGUUUAUUUACAAUUUGUCUUCAUGUUUUAAUAUGCCAAGUGGCUUAUUGCAUUUUAUUUUAUUCACAUUUGGCUUUUUUACUGCAGGAGCAUUGCACAGCACAUCGUCCCAGGAAGCUGGAGUGAGCUCACUGGAAAAGACAUGCAGUAUUACCAGGAGAUCCCACGCCAGACCUCGGGGAAUGACUGUGGUGUUUUCAUGCUCAUGUACUCCCUCUGGCUCUGUACGGACACUACUUUUCACUACAGUGUGCUGGACAUGCAGUCAAUCCGGCAUUGGUGGUGUGUCCUUCUAAUGGAGCGCUUUGGCAUUGAAGGGUAGGACAACUUCUUGAAAUAUCUGAUGUAUUGUUUAUCAUGAUUAGUAACUGCCUGUGAUGAGGUGGCGACUUGUCCAGGGUGUACCCUGCCUUCCGCCCGAAUGCAGCUGAAAUAGGCUACAGCGACCCCAAAAAGGGACAAGCGGUAGAAAAUGGAUGGCUGGAUGGAUUAGUAACUGUAAUCUGAAGAGCUUUUCUUCAAUUUCCCCAAAGGCAUGGCCAGAGGUUCUGUUAUUGGACAGACAAGGCGAGCGGCCUAUUGCAGGGCAUUCUUCAGCCAGUCUUUAGGGUAUCCAGAAACUCAGUCCAGGCCAUUGACUGCGUCAUCAAAGAAUAACUGAAUACAGUACUGGUAUGCCACGACACAAAAGUGAAUAAAUUGUAUCAUACCUAUGUUGCUCCAUAAAAAAAAUGAUUGGAGAAAUAUGUAAGCUGGGGGAAAAAAUAACUGGUUCAAAAAUUAUAAUAUAAUAACCUUUAUUGGUUUGUACCUUGAUGUGGUUUAAGAGCUUUUCACUAUACCAUGUCUACUUCUGAGGUGACCACCACUUGUGAUUAUAAUUGACGCUUUGUCCUUUAUCUGUGUUCCCCAUUCUUUAGGUGCAGCUCGCGCAAUGUUUGGAACAAAA